AUGGCAUGGAGGUUUAUUCACCAAGAUGCUCUGCCAGUCGCAGCCAUGGUGACAGUGGAGUGCACCAACGUGGGCCUAAACGUCUUAUUCAAAGCAGCCACCUCAAAAGGGCUAAGCUACUAUGUCUUCAUCGUCUACUCUAAUGCAAUUGCCACUCUGGUUCUCCUCCCUCUGUUUUUCAUCUUUCGCAGAACAGGGCUUCCUUCAUUCAACCUCUCUCUGCUCUCCAAAGUUUUCCUCCUCGGACUGAUUGGGUUUUUGGCUGAUAUUUGUGGAUAUAAAGGUCUAAAUUACAGCUCACCAACUCUAUCUUCAGCCAUGAGCAACCUCACUCCAGCGUUUACCUUCAUCCUUGCCGUCUUCUUCAGGAUGGAAAAGCUAGCCUUGAGAAGCUCUAGCACUCAAGCCAAAAUCAUGGGCACUUUGGUAUCAAUAUCAGGUGCACUGGUAGUGGUUCUUUACAAGGGCCUUCCAAUUUUAUCCACUCCAUCUACAGUUUUAUCCCCUCCAUCUGCAGUUUUAGGCACAUCAGAAAAAAAUUGGGUUAUUGGAGGGCUACUACUCGCUGUUCAGUACCUUCUGUCCUCAACCUGGUAUAUCCUUCAGACCCAUGUCAUGAAGAUGUACCCGGCAGAGAUAGUUUUGGUAUUCUUAUUCAACUUGUGUGGGACAAUUAUAUCGGCUCCAGUAUGUUUAAUUGCAGAAACAAACUUGAGUGCCUGGAGACUAAGGCCUGGCAUAGCAUUGGUCGCCAUUAUAUGCUCGGGAUGCCUUGGCUCGUCUUUUGGCUCCCUUGUGCACACAUGGGGCCUGCACUUGAAGGGGCCUGUGUUUAUAUCAAUCUUCAAGCCAUUGUCAAUUGCCAUUGCUGCUGCUUUCAGUGUCAUAUUCCUUGGUGAUGCCCUCUCUCUUGGGAGUGUUGUUGGAGCUAUAAUACUUUCCGUGGGCUUUUAUGCUGUGAUAUGGGGUAAAGCAAAGGAAGACGAAAUGAGUGAAGACUUCCGCUUUGAAAGCUCGAGAGCCUUACCUAUUGCUAUUGGAAAAACCCCUUUGCUGGAAAGCCACAAAGUUGAAAAUAUGUAA